AUGCGACCAUUUUCCAGUACUGUCUCAAGGCAUCAAGGGGGACCUCCAGAUGCUCCUGCUAGAGGCAGUGCCGCGAACCCCUUUCUUAGAACCUCGAAAGGGCUUUCAGAGUUCAACCUCAGCAACAAGGUGGUAUUGGUAUCUGGAGCUGCCCGAGGACUCGGCCUCACGCAAGCAGAGGCGCUGUUGGAGGCGGGAGCAACUGUUUAUGCCUUGGAUCGACUUCCUGAGCCUUCUCCAGACUUCCAUACUAUCGCAGAGAGAGCAAAGUCGGAGCUUGGCACCUCAUUGCAAUACUGCCAGAUUGAUGUUCGCGAUGUGCUCAACCUAAACCGAAUAAUCAGGGAAAUCGGUGACAAGGAAGGACGAAUGGACGGGCUGAUUGCGGCUGCGGGCAUACAGCAAGAAACGCCAGCCUUGGAGUAUACCCCGGAAGAUGCGAAUCGAAUGUUCGAAGUGAAUAUUACUGGUGUCUUCAUGACUUCCCAGGCUGCAGCGAAGCAGAUGAUCAGAUUCGGCAACGGAGGAAGCAUUGUAAUGAUCGCAAGUAUGAGCGGGACUGUUGCGAAUAGGGGCCUGAUUUGCCCAGCAUAUAAUGCAUCUAAAGCUGGAGUGAUGCAACUCGCACGCAAUCUGGCGGCAGAGUGGGGCGAGUACAAUAUCCGCGUCAACACCAUUUCGCCUGGCUACAUUGUGACUGCAAUGGUGGAAGAGUUGUUUAAGCAGUUUCCCGAGAGACGGACAGAGUGGCCGAAGCAGAACAUGCUGCAGAGAUUGUCAGGCCCGAGAGAGUAUCGUGGUGCUGGAGUCUUCUUGAUCAGCGAUGCCAGUAGCUUCAUGACGGGAGCGGAUCUACGGAUGGAUGGUGGACACUCCAGUUGGUAG